GGUGGGGACGAGCAAGAGAUAAACAAGGAAGAAGGCAGAACAUUGUAUUAUUAACUGGGACAAGUCGGAGCAGUUCCCGAGACUGCAGAUCAUGGAGAGAAAGCACAAGCUGACUGACUACCUGCCAGUGACCAGGCAUGGAAACAAGAGGGAAGGUCUGAUUAAGGGAAACCAAGAGGAGAGAGACACUAGGGAGAGCAGUGUCAAGAAGAAGGGACGGCCGGUGAGAAGGAGAGCCGGGGACACUGAGCAAGACACAGAUGCAGUGGCUGUGCUCCCAGAGUUAUCACUAUUAGACAAGCUCAUCCAGUUCGAUCUGGACUGGCGAUUUGGACCUUGUACAGGUAUCACACGACUGGAAAGGUGGCAGAGGGCAGAUGAGUUGGGAUUAGUACCUCCAAAGCACAUAAGAGACAUUCUGUUGGCCCACAACACUGAUGCCCAGUACCAGCUCAACUUGUGGAGUUCAUACGCCAUUUGAGAUCACAUAAUAUGACCGUGGACGAAAUAAAUGUGACACGUGACUGACACGCAUUGCUCAGGGAUUUAAGAGUUAAUUAUGCUAUAUGUCCCAGCUGCCCUAAAGCAAUAUUGACCAUUCCUGUAACUGCUGGUAAUAAUGAAGAUUUCUGUGGAGCUAUAAAUGGCAAAUAGACAAUGUAUGCUGUAUUUUUAUAUAUGGACUUUUGACAUCAAGUUUCUAUUAAGUGAAUGUGUUUUAUGGUUUAUUGAAAAGAUCAGUAUAAAGUGUUGUAUACUAAGUGGUUUACACA